AAAUCGGUGGACAUCGGCGCCCGCGCCCGGCAGCUCCAGACCCGGCGGCUCUGGACCUACGCCCUUACAUUCGGGUGUAUGGCGGGGUUCGUGGUGAUCGUCCUCAACAACUUCCAAGACCAGCUAGUCUUCUACGUGACCCCCACCGACGCCCUCGAAAAGCACGCCGCCAACCCCUCCAAGUCCCGCUUCCGGCUCGGCGGCCUCGUCCUCGAGGGCAGCGUCGUCUACCCCGCCUCCUCCCCGGAGGUCGAGUUCGUCGUCACCGAUCUCAUCACCGACAUCCUCGUCCGCUACCAGGGCGCCCUCCCUGAUCUCUUCCGCGAAGGCCACUCCGUCGUCGUCGAAGGCCUCGUCAAACCCUUCACCGACGACAUCAAGGGAGGGGUUUCCGCCAAGAGCGUCUCCGAGAAGGCGCGGAGCAUAGACUGUUACUUUUCCGCUACCGAGGUUCUCGCCAAGCACGACGAGAAGUACAUGCCUAAGGAAAUUGCUGCUGCUAUUGAGAAGAAUAAGAACAUUGUCAUCGAAGCUGCCACCGUGGCCGCCGCCGAGACACCCAAGACCACAUAGAGGGGUAUUAAUCAAUUUUGAAUAUUUUAUAUUGUUCGACUGUGUUACACUCAUUUUUUGAGGGAUGUUGAUUAUUUAACUAUCGGCUGAGAUUUUUUUAGAGGAAUAAUUAGGAUUGAAUUAAUAUGGGUAAAAUAGAGGGAAGGGUGAUACAAGAGGCAAUUUCUUGUUGUUGUAAUGCAUUAUUUUAUAAUGACUGUGUUACACUCAUUAUUUUGUGAUGUUGAUUAUUUUGUUGUUGUUGUAA